CGCAGAACCAGUACGUCGCCGGCGAUCGCUCGUUCACCAUAUUAUAUAAUAUUAUAGUCGCCCAUCCGCGUAUUAUUUCGUAUCUACAUCUUUGCCGUCAUCAUCAUGUACGUCAAGUGGCUGCGAAGUAGCUCGUGCUAUGUGGUUAAUUGUGUGUUGUUGCUGCAACUUAUAUAUAAAACGACUGGGGCUGGAUGUUCGGUGGAUCAUGGCAGCGGGAUGAAUUAUCCUACGACCACUGCCAGCGGAACAUGGACAACCCGCGGUGGGAUAUCUUCUUACGGUUGGGACAGCCGACAACCUAUAGAUCCUUGUAGCCGUUGUACGAAUGUCCCACCACCAUUGCCCGGAUCUCAGUAUGCGACACAAUCCCAUGACAAUGGGAUGUACAGUGUAAACGAUCGUAUUAGUGUCAGUGGCUACAUGACAGACAAUCGGGUAUCUGUAAGCGGUUACAUGACGGAUAAUCGGGGUAGUAUGGGUAUGCAUGGCUCAGAUAAUAGAUACGCCGGUUAUGAUUCCGAUAACCGAGGUAACGGUUAUGGAAAUGACAAUCGCGGCCAUACGAAUAGUCGGCCCAAUGUUUAUAACUCGGUCGGUCAUGUUACUGGCAACGGUUAUAUGCCAAGUUCAAAUUACGCUGGUCACAUUUCUGAUAAUCACGUUCAAAUUUACAACGCCCAUAACGUAGACAGUCAAAUAAAAAAUCCCAAUUACCGAGGUAAUGGUUACGAUAAUUUAAGUCCAGAAUGGGAACGAAGACACAACAACAAAAAAGUUAGUGUUGUCAGUGGCAGCAGUGGGUAUGGAAGUGGUGUUGGUAGUGGUAGUGGUGGUGGAUAUGGAGGUGUUAUAGGAGGGGGCGGUAACUAUGGAGACGGUAUCAGCGGAGGUGGUAGUUACGGACAUAGUAUUAGUGGUUCGAGUAAUGGUGGUAGUGGAUAUUAUCAAGGAAUGUCGUAUCCUGUUCCCAAUAUUCCCGACAGACACGGAACACACAUGCAAAGUAAUUACCAUAGGCCGUCCAACGAUCGGUGGAGUAUCAAAGGAGCAUAUCCAGUGAAAGUAGAAUCAGGAUAUUGGCAGAGCCAACCACCUAAAGACAUCGGCUGGGACGAGGCCAGCAAAAAGGUGGGAGUAAUAGCCGGAUGGAUUGGUGGCCCGAAAAAAUAUGAGUCAAGCAAACCUCCCACGGCAUAUGGUUCGCAACAGGCAAAUGACAAAGAUGACAACGAUUACUACAACAAGGGAACCGGUUACGAAAAUAAUUCGGACAGAAAGAAACCUUAUAUGGGUUGGGGAGGUUCGGGAUCGUACGAGGUGGUCAAAAUGAACAACGGGUACAAAUACAUUGACAGAAAUAGCAACAAUGAUUAUGGUACUUCAUAUGGAAAUGGUUAUGGUUACGGGGGACAGAGUUAUAAUAACAAACCAAGUCAAGAUUACGGAUUGAAACCGAUGAACGUCGACCAUGGCAAGCCUUAUGGUACUUUGCAUGGUUAUGAUAAACCAAUACAUGAUUACGGUAAACCCACACACGAUUACGGUACUACCAACGCGCAAGACUACGGUUCCCCAACCACUCACGAUUACGGUUCUAGUCCACAUAUUGAUGUACAGAGUACAUCACGUCCAAUUGGAUUUGAAGUUACAACCCCCAGACCUCCAGCGUGGGAUUCUCAGAAACCGGGAUACCCAGUGAUUGCUUCUCGACCCACUCAGCAUUGGGGUGAAAAUUCGUUUGGUGAACAAUUAAACGGUGUAGUUGGUGGUUCGAUGAGUUAUGGCAGACCAGGCGGAAACGGUUUUGUAAGACCAGUCGAUCAUGGUAAUUCGAGACCAGACAGUUAUGGAACCCAGAAACCGUUUGAUUAUGGUUCUUCGAGACCAGACAGUUACGGAACUCAUAGACCGGCUGAUUAUGGUUCUUCGAGACCAGAGAGUUAUGGAACUCAAAGACCAGAAGGUUAUGGAUCUCAGAGACCGGAAGGUUAUGGAUCUCAGAGACCAGAAGGUUAUGGAUAUCCCAGACCUGAAAAUUAUGGAUCUUCUCGUCCAGAUGGGUAUGGAUCUUCUAGACCCGGUAGUGGAGGAGAUACAUCUGACUAUGGAUCUUUCAGACCGUACGCGGGAUCCAUAAACAAUAUGGCAUCUGAGUACGCUUCCCAAAAACAGGAGUUUGAUAAAUUCAGUGGUUAUUCAGAUAACGAUGGUGGUAGACCGCAUAUGAACAACAGACCGGGAUAUAACAACGAAAGGCCGUUUAUGAACGGGAACGAAGUCUAUGGUUCACAACAGCAGACGGGUUAUGGAAAAGGAUACGCGUCGAAUUGGGACUAUUAUUCUAAUUCCAUGAGGGGACAGUCCAGCAACGGAUGGAACGACCAGCAGCGGGACUACUUACAGAGGAGACCGGACGGCGAUGUGUUACAGUCCGGAUCGAGUUUCAGGCCCUCCGAGUCCACUCCUCUACAUUACAACGGACACAGCGGGAUCGGUGCAUCGACCGACAAUGGUUUUUUGUACAGGAGUCCAUCGACAAUUACGGGAUCGUCUACCACUCCUAUGCCGACCUCUAAUAAUUCAUAAUCGUUUUCAUAUUAAUCAUAAUUUAAUUAAUAUGAUUUUUAAUUGUCUUUUUGUUCACCAUGUAUAUUGGUAUCUAAACCGUGCAAUACCUUCCUAGCAUUAAUGGGAUAAUUAAUAUUAUAAUUAUACACUAUUCGGAGUAAGAACAGGGUUCGGCAAUGAACUUGUGCGCAUUGGCGUGGCUUUGCUACACAGCAGGCGUACAUAUAGUUGUAUCGGCGAGGUUGAUUAAAGGGUGUUGUCUGAACGCCGCUCGACGUAAACUAAUCGCAGCCGAAGCUUAUUUUUAUUCCGAAUUGACUUAUAGUUAUAUUAUUUUAGUAUCGAUUAAAUUAAUAAAAAUGUUUUCAACGUCUUUUUUUUUAAAUUUCUUAAGGUGGCAUAAUAUGUGAUUAGUGACAAUUACGUAUAUAACCAUCAUCUAACGUAACGUAUAUAAACCAAUAACUAUUUAAACUAAUUAUACAUAUAUACUAUAAACAUAAUAAAAAAUAUAUGUUAAUCGAUUUAAAAUAAAUACCAUAACCAUAUCAUCUCAUUAUAAAUAUACAAAAUAGAAUAAAAUAUAAUAUAAUACGAAAGUUAUUUGAAUUAGAAAAAUCUAAAAUGAUACACAUUUUUUUUAUGUUUUUACAGUCUUUUAAGGGUAGUUUAGGGUCAACUUUUAAAAUGUUGGUGAUAGAAAUACAUUAAUUAAAGCAAUUUAAAAUUUUAAUGGGCCUAGUGAAGUAAAAAAAAAGAUACACAGUAAAAUAUUAUUUC